GUAAUUGUGUCCCUUGGACCGUUUCCCCUUCGUUCUACCCCAGACUGGUACUUGUGGGAUAAGAGAUAUCCACCCAGCCGUAUCGAGGCUCGGGCAGAGUCGGGACAGGCUCGCCAUUCUCUUGGCACAGUCUUGUAGGACUUUCCCGCCACGCCACAUGGGUCAGAGGCCAACGUCUUGAACUCCUGCUGAAAACAGUCGCACCAUACCGCCUGAGCAUUUCUGCAGCGUUCCAGGCUCUGGACUACAUUUCCCACGGGCCAUCGGGGCCAACGCUACUUCCAGCCUAAGAUGGCCUGGGCUUACUGUCCUAUUCCCAGGGCUAGGCGCAGGUUUGCAGAGGUAGGGCAGCCUACAGGCCUCCGCUGAAGCGUGCUAAACGCGGCCUGGAAUGCUCGGAAGCUCUCCACCGCAAAUGUGAGCGGUGUGUGGGCCAUGGUCUUUGCCUAGCGAGGUGAUGGGGCUCAAGUUCAGGGCCGGUUAAUGGAGACCGGGAUAUCUCGGACUGUUAAAGGCGGCCGAGGCUCCAGACUACAUUUCCCAGAGUGCACUGUUCCCCGGCAACUUCCUGUCGGUGCUCUGUCCCUUUCGCGAUGAUAGCGAAAUAGGGGAACCUUUCACCGUCAAGGGACGGCAGGACCGGAAAGAGCUAAGGUCCCAGACUGUGCUGAAGCAUCAUGAGACCUCUCCGCGUCUGUGAAUGGAUAGGUGGCCAACUCUGGAGCCCAAGCUGUGGCUUCCUGGUCUGGUGGUGAAUCCUCUGUAGUCUGCUCUGCUUUCUCAGCACACUGCUUCACCAAGAGAAGAAUCGAGAGGAGGACUGGUGGACUUGGAAUGUUAAGUCAUGGCCCAUUUGAUGUUCAGGGACGUGGCUAUAGAUUUCUCUCAGGAGGAGUGGGAGGGCCUGGACCUGAAACAGAGGGAUUUAUAUAGAGAUGUGAUGUUGGAGAACUACAGCAACAUGGUUUCACUGGGUUUUUGCGUUUAUCAGCCAGAUGUGUUCUCUUUAUUGGAGAAAGGGAAAGAGCCCUGGAAGAUUUUGAGGGAUGAGACAAGAGGACCUUGCCCAGACAUGCAAUCCAGGUGUCCGAACAAGAAGUUAUUACCAAAAAAUGGCAUUUUUGAGAGAGAAAUAGCCCAACUGGAAAUAAGGAAAAUAUGUAAAAACCACAGCCUUGAAUGUUUGUGUUUUAGAGGUGAUUGGGAAGGCAAUGUUCAGUUUCAGACACUGCAAGAUAAUCAAGAGGAAUGUUUCAAGCAGGGGAUACUCACCUAUGUUAAAAUGCCCACUUUUAACCAACACACAGCCUUUAAUUUACACCAGAGACUUAACACAGGAGACAAACUUAAUGAAUUUAAAGAAUUGUGGAAAGCCUUUAUUUCUGGCUCAGAUCGUACUCAACAUCAGUUAAUUCACACAAGUGAGAAAUUCUGUGAAGAUAAAGAAUGUCGAAAUACCUUUCUUCCUGAUUCAGAGGUUACUCACUAUCAGACAGUUGACACUGUUAAAAAAACAUAUGAAUGUAAAGAAUGUGGGAAGGCUUUUAGUUUACGUUCGAGUCUUACUGGUCAUAAGAGAAUUCAUACCGGAGAGAAACCUUUUAAAUGUAAGGAAUGUGGAAAGGCCUUUAGAUUUCAUUCACAGCUUAGUGUCCAUAAGCGAAUUCAUACUGGUGAGAAAUCUUACGAAUGUAAGGAAUGUGGGAAGGCCUUUAGUUGUGGCUCAGAUCUUACUCGACAUCAGAGAAUUCAUACCGGUGAAAAACCCUAUGAAUGUAGUGAAUGUAGAAAGGCCUUUAGUCAGCGAUCACAUCUUAUUAAACAUCAGAGAAUUCACACUGGUGAAAAACCUUAUGAAUGUAAGGAGUGUGGGAAAGCUUUUACUCGUGGGUCACACCUAACUCAGCAUCAGAGAAUUCAUACUGGUAAGAAAUCUCAUGAGUGUAAGGAAUGUGGAAAAGCCUUUAUUCGUGGUUCAAAUCUUGCUCAACAUCAGAAUGUUCAUGUUGGUAGGAAACCUUAUGAAUGUGAGAAAUGUGGGAAAGCCUAUAUCUGGAGCUCACACCUUGCUCGACAUCAGCGAAUUCAUGCUGGUAGGAAACCUUAUGAAUGUAAGCAAUGUGGGAAGACUUUCACUUGGGCUUCAUAUCUUGCUCAACAUGAGAAAAUUCAUAAUGAGAGGAAAUCCUAUGAAUGUAAAGAAUGUGGAAAGACCUUUCUUCAUGGCUCAGAGUUUAAUCGACAUCAGAAAAUUCAUACUGGUGAGAGAAACUAUGAAUGUAAGGAAUGUGGAAAGACCUUUUUUCGUGGUUCAGAACUUAAUCGACAUCAGAAAAUUCAUACUGGAAAGAGGCCAUAUGAAUGUGAAGAAUGUGGAAAAGCCUUUCUCUGGGGUUCACAACUUACUCGACAUCAGAGAAUGCAUACUGGUGAGGAACCUUAUGUAUGUAAAGAAUGUGGAAAAUCUUUUAUCUGGGGUUCACAGCUUACACGACAUAGGAGAAUUCACACUGAUGGAGAACCUUAUGGAUGCAAGAAAAGUAGCCACAUCUUUAGUCACCAUUCAUAUUUUGCUGAACAAAAAAUUCAUAAUGGUGCAAAUCUCUGUGAAUGGACAGACUAUGGGAACGCCUUUUGUCAUGAUUCAAACUUUGCUCAACACCAGAAUAUUUACACUUUUCAGAAAUCCUAUGAAUUUAAAGAUUUUGAGAAAGCAUUUUCUUCAAGCUCUCACUUCAUUUCACUCUUGUGACAUACUAUUAUAUAAAAGCAUAGGAAAGGCUUUAUUCAUAACCCAUUAAUUUUGUUGAUUUUUUUCUCUUGCGGAAACCUACAAAUGUAAGUAAUAUUGGAAACAUUUUGACAGGGCACACAAUACAUGCAGCAGCAGCAGGAGCAACAGAAUUCAUCAUGCAAUCUAGGAAAGAAAUUACUGAUCAGUUAUCAAUUAUGGAAUAUCAGGGUAAAAUUUUAUAUGAUAGCAUGAAUUCUCUUUGAAUCAUAUUCAAAACAUUCUCAUCAGAGAUGUUGCAUAAAGAAUUUAUAUAUAAUUCAGCCAGGCACAGUGGCUCACACCUGUAACCCCAGCACUUUGGGAGGUGGAGGCAGGUGGAUCACCUGAUGUUAGGAAUUUGAGACCAGCCUGACCAACAUGGUGAAACCCUGUCUCUACUAAAAAUAUAAAAAUUAGCUGGGUGUGGUGGUGAGUGCCUGUAGUCCCAGCUACUCGGGAGGCCGAAGUACAAGAAUGGCUUGAAUCCAGGCGGCAGGGAUUGCAGUGGGCCAAAACUGUGUCAUUGCACUCCAGCCUAGGUGACAGAGUGAGACUGUCUCCAAACAAAAACAAGAACUCACAAGACUUUAUGUCUAAUUCAUGUUGGAAAUCUUUCGUCACUAGCAAGUUUGUUGUAUUUCCACAAAAGUAAUGUAAUUUAGAAAAGCCUUGAACUAUGUCAUAAAAUCUAUUUGACAUGUCUUGUUUCAAUACAUCCUACCUCUCUAUAUUUUUGGAAAGUCUUAAAUCUAUGUUUGUUUAAUCUUAUUCAUUAGAUUGUAAAGGUUGAAUGAUUUGAUAUUUACAUGACUUAGUGACUGUCAUUAGUAUUUGUAUUAAGCCAUUUUAUGAGCGGAUAUGAGUUUAAUGAUUAUAGACAAAUACGUCAUCUCUAUGUCUUAUUUAACAUCAGAAUGUUAAUUCUGAAAAAAAAAAACCGUAAAAUACAGUGAAGAUAAGAAAGUU